AAGACUGCGGCAUCCCGUAGCCAAUAAGCUCUCAAUUCUCUCGGCUAACUCCUUUUGUCCAUUGGGCUCUUCUACCUUUCAAUCAAUCAUUUCCUCAGCUUUUAUUGGUUUAGCGCUAAUCAUUCUCUCCAACCUACCAAUCACAUGCUUCUCUCCAAGAACGUCUCACGUCAUUCUAUCUUCAGUGAAUCUGACGGAAUUGGCCAGUUCCUCUUUUCCAUUGGCCAGAACAGGCUCCGCCUCUUGUUCAUUCUGUUCGGGGCGGAAGUGGGGCAGCCCGUAUUCCGAUUGGCCGCGGUAGUCUCUCUCAAGUCCAGCGUGACGACAUUGGCGCUUAGGAAGUGUGUUUCCGGAAGGGGCGGGCUUUGCGAAGAUGGCGGCGCCGGGGGUGUUGGAGGCGGACCUGCCGGCCGCCGUGACCCUCCUGAAGAACCUGCAGGAGCAGGUGAUGGCUGUAACUGCACAGGUGCAAGCACUGACCAAAAAAGUUAAAGCUGGAGCCUACCCUACAGAGAAGGGACUCAGCUUCCUAGAAGUGAAAGACCAGCUGCUGCUCAUGUACCUCAUGGAUCUGAGCCACCUCCUCCUGGACAAGGCAUCGGGAGGGUCUCUGCAGGGGCACGCUGCAGUUCUGAGACUGGUGGAGAUUCGCACGGUUUUGGAAAAACUUCGUCCUUUGGACCAAAAACUGAAGUAUCAAAUCGACAAACUGGUGAGGACCGCAGUGACAGGCAGCCUCAGUGAGAAUGACCCACUUCGUUUUAAGCCUCAUCCCAGCAGUAUGAUGAGCAAGUUGAGCUCUGAGGAUGAAGAGGAAGAUGAAGUGGAGGAUGGGCAGUCGUCAGGGAAGAAAUCUGCAAAAGGAGCGUCUAAGAAAUACGUCCCACCGCGCCUGGUUCCAGUGCACUACGAUGAAACAGAGGCCGAGCGGGAGAGAAAGCGGCUGGAACGAGCCAAGAGGCGGGCAUUGAGCAGCUCCGUCAUCCGCGAACUGAAGGAGCAGUACUCAGACGCGCCUGAGGAAAUCCGCGAUGCUCGCCAUCCUCAUGUUACGCGCCAGAGUCAGGAGGACCAGCACAGGAUUAACUAUGAGGAGAGCAUGAUGGUGCGCUUAAGCGUCAGCAAGCGAGAGAAGGGACGGCGAAAGCGCGCGAGUGUCAUGAGCUCACAGCUUCAUUCCCUCACGCACUUCAGUGACAUCAGUGCCUUGACCGGAGGAGCUGCUCACCUUGAUGAGGAUCAGAAUCCUGUCAAGAAGCAGAAGAGGAUACCUAAGAAAGGGCGGAAGAAAAAAGGUUUUCGGAGGCGGCGGUGAUUGUGGGUGUACAUAUUUCUGUAUUUUUUGUCACCCUGGAACACUUCUAAUUUCACUGUAUGUAGGUUUUGUUUCCUUGAAAUUCAUUGUUUUGGCCAUGUGGGAAGAACUUUCCUAAUAAAAUUGAUUUUUCUUACAAUUAAAAA